GGAACUACCGACCAAUCCGAGGGGGGGAAAGGGGAGUAUCUGUUACUAUUUAUUGUACUGUUGAGGAGGGUACAGAAUUCAUCUGACGCAGAUCACCUCUGAUCGGGCUUUUCACAGGGAGUCGUCCAGUGAUUUGACGCAAGAUGUCGAAAGAUGUCCCACGUGAGCCGGAGCAGCUCCGCAAGCUGUUCAUUGGAGGUCUGAGCUUCGAGACCACAGACGAGAGCUUGCGGGCCCAUUUUGAGAAAUGGGGCAGCCUCACAGACUGCGUGGUCAUGAGGGACCCCAACAGCAAGAGAUCCAGGGGCUUUGGUUUUGUUACAUACUCGUCAGUACAAGAAGUGGACGACGCCAUGACUGCUCGUCCCCAUAAAGUUGAUGGAAGAGUGGUAGAGCCUAAACGAGCCGUUUCCAGGGAGGAUUCAAACCGGCCCGGCGCUCAUGUAACAGUCAAGAAGAUAUUUGUUGGAGGCAUCAAGGAAGACACAGAGGAGGCACACCUGCGAGAUUACUUCGAGCAGUUUGGCAAAAUUGAGGUCAUUGAUAUCAUGACGGAUCGCAGUACCGGAAAGAAGAGGGGCUUUGCCUUCGUCACCUUCGAUGACCAUGAUUCAGUUGACCGGAUUGUCAUCCAGAAGUAUCACACAGUCAACUGCCACAACUGUGAAGUGAGGAAGGCCCUUACAAAGCAGGAGAUGCAGACUGCAGGAAUGGGUCGCAGCAGUGGAGGUGGAAGGCCUUAUGACUAUGACAGAGGCUUUAACCAGGGUGGUGGUGGUGGUGGUGGUGGUGGUGGCGGCGGCGGUGGUGGUGGAGGUAGGGGUAGAUAUGGAGAUGGCCCUUACAAUUGCAAUGGAGGAGGUGAUGGUGGCUAUGGAGGUGGGCCUGGUGGAUAUAAUAAUGGCGGUAACCGCGGUUAUAACCAAGGCUACAACCAGGGUGGAGGCGGCGGUGGUGGCUAUGGAGGAAAUGGAUAUGACAACAAUGGUUACGGGAACUGUGGUGGUGGGGGAGGCGGCGGUGGGAACUACAAUAACAUGGGCCACUACGACCCCCAGGCCUCUAACUUUGGCCCAAUGAAGAACAACUUCGGUGGCGGCGGUGGUGGUGGCAGGAGUUUCGGUGGCUAUGGAGGUGGCUCAAACAGUGGUGGCGGCUAUGGCCGUCAAGGACGGAAUUUUUGAAAUGUGAACUGGACUGAGUACUUAGGAGAGGAGAGCAAGGAGAAGGGAGCAAGCGAAGUGACAGGGCAGCUGCAGGUUUACCUCCUAAAUCUGCUCAGCCAAACAGUUGUGGCAGGUUACUGCUGCUGCAAGAAGAGAUGUACAAUAGAUUAAUCAUGGAGGGUCUUCAUUUAAAUAUUUGUUUUUGUUUUCAUCAUGUGUUUCUGGAAAGCAAGCAUUCCAACAAGGUUUUAUGUAGAUUUUUCUUUGAGUCUGGUUUUUAUUUGUAACUGCAUCAAACCAAGCUGAAAUAAACCAACAUUCAGUUUUUUUAAA